AUGGAAUCUAGACGAUCUCCGACCGGCUCUGCCACUGGUGCCAUCCGUUCACAUAAAACUGUUAUUGCCAAAAGGGCCUGCGACCAAUGCAAAUUUCGCAAGAUCAAGUGUAGCUUAUCACAGCCUUGCAAGGCUUGUGAGUCCAUGGGCUUCGAGUGUACAUUCCUUCAGCCACAGAAGAAGCGCGGACCAACCGGGCAUCGCGUGUCGCAAAUUCGACAGCAGCAAACUGUCAUAACUCCCCAAGAAGAAUCUACAAAGAAUGCUUUCCAAUUUCAAACUCCAAAUUCAUCCGUGGAGUCCGGACAAGCGGGUUCUUUACCCGGGCCACCUUGGACCUCUACCCAUGGACCAGCCACAAUGCCCGUAGAGGGGCCCGGAGGACUAGCGCCUUCGGGUAUACAGGCCCCAAUGGCACCCUGGGGUGAGGAAGCCACAUCCAUAGAAGCUCACAACACCAGCAACAGCGCCGUGAGCUGGAACGAGCGAAACGACGUCGAGUACUGGCUUCCAGAUAAUCUGGACUCUCAAAUCCCUGUCUUUGAAUUCCCAGGAAGUAAUGUUUAUCUCAAGCCAUCUCUCCCGUCUAUCAUUCAGCCAGUCCCUGAUGCCGGGUCCAUGGGAAUGCCCCCGCAGGAAGCUCAAAAUAUGCCAUUCUCAUCAACCGUGGGGCCUAUGCAUUCGAAUACCCAGGAGACUUCUGCAGUUUGGCCACCCACAAUCAGCGAAGCGAAUAUGAUCCCUUGGAUUGAUGUCUACUUUGAUCGAUUACAUCCAACCAUACCCGUUCUCAACCGAUCAGCCCUAUACACUUCAAUGCUCGCACAAGAACACCGCAAGAACUCCCAGUUCGGAGCCAUGCUCUUGUCACUGUGUGCAUUCUCGCUAACACAGCCAAUUGAGAUCAAUGAGCAACCCACAACCUCAUCCCGAGCUCUGCAGGCACGAGCUAUGAUGCAUGAGGCGACCAAAAUGCGAAGCUGUUCGGAUUUCGGCGAGAACCCAACUAUUGAAGCUGUUCUAACCAGCUUUUUCCUCUUUGGCUGUUUGUUUGGAAGUAACCAGCACAACGCAGCGUGGCUCCGGAUACGGGAGGCACUAGAUCUUGCAAACGCGCUGGGACUGAAUGAUCCCGAGUCAUAUCACGAUUUGUCUGGGGAAGAGAAAGGCCAGCGUUUACGAACGUACCUUGUCCUCUCUAUUACGGAAAGAGCCUAUGCUUUGCAACACCGACACCCAAUAACCUUCUGGGGGAAGCCAGGAUUCACUAUGCGGUCAGUGCAUGACUUCAUCCACAGUGCCACGCACAGUGUCGUCUCUGGCGUUAUAGUCCACAACGAGAAAGACGCCGAGGGGAUGAUGGGUCUUGCACGGAUGAUGGAACUAUUCGAUGCGAUCGACGAAGAUGUCGUCGAUUGCUGGAACCGCCGAUGCGAUAUCAGCAACGGGUACUGCCAGCGACUUACUGAAGUCAAGGCACUCUCCAUACAUCAGAACCUCAAUCGUGUCAGCCAAGCCGAACGAUACCGGGGCUAUGACUGGUUCGAACGAGCCAAAGGAGGCCAUGCCGAAAACAAUGCCAUGUUUACCAUGGGGCUACGAGAAACCCAAGCGGCCGACGUUUUCAUCACCCAGAAAUGGCUCCAGAACCGUGUCUGGCUCCUCACCUCAACUCACGGGCUUCUGAGUGCUCAUUCAGAACAACCCGAGCUAAGCUUCGGAUAUGCCGUAUCCAUUGCUGAAUCUACUCUCCAGUUGUGCCAGUCAUUACGGCUGAGCUCUAUGGAAGCUCAUGGUAUCGGUCUGACCGAAAAACUGUACGAUAUUGCAAUCUGCGCAACAAACGUCCUUUGCAACACAAGCUCGGCUUACGGGGGCUCCAUGAACAUGCCCGCCAAUUUCACUGAAAGAAUACCAUCAAGUGCAACUGCCACGCCCCAGAGCCUUGCAGAAGACUUUUUGUUACUUAUGACCAGCUUCCGUGGUGGAAAUCAUCCUUAUCUGGAGAAGUAUAGAGCUCAUCUACGCUCACUACAGAUUAUGGAACCAAAGGCUACAGAGUGGCAGCAACAGCAAUGA